AAGACAGAUGCAAAGUCUGCCUUGUGCGCACGUGUUUGCCAAACAAAGGCGUUUCUAAAGACAAUUUCUGUUUCCCAUCACGUCAACCAGAAAUGUUAAAAAAUACAACAUUAUAACAGCUACAGUGCUGAGGUUGACUAAUUGAAACCCCCUAACCUCAGUUGGCAUGUGCUAUUUCUUAAGAGCUGUGCUGAUCUGAUCAUAUACUAUUAUAAUAAUUCAUCCUCAAAAUAAUCAGUUUCACGUGAUGACAUAUACUUAUUCAUUAUACAAAAGAAAAGUGUGAUAACAAAAAAGAGUGUUUGAUGAUUCCAAAAGUCAUUGAGUCUGCCCUAACAGUUGACACAAAAACAUCAUUUGCUUGCCUCCAUGCCGUUUCUACAAUUCAGAAUAAAGUGACUUUCAGCCCUUACAAGCAAACAAGCGUUGCAACACCAAUUCAAUGUAAAGUAGUUUUGGACCCUUUGAACUAUUCGGCCACAUGAAUAGCUCCAAGGUCUGUCAAAUAGGUUACUAGGCUUUUUUUGUUCCCCUAGUUUGGUGGAAAAAACAGAUGAGAUCAGCUGUGUGAUUGCUCAAGUCAAUCAUUACACGCAGGGUACACAGCUCCAGACAGUCUGUGGUCAGUAUUCUGCCGGACUGCUGAGCUGGAGGGCAUAGAACAGGCUUCCGCCGUCUUUUUAUUCCUUUCACAAACAUCCCAGGUAGGCUCCAUAAAAGCUGUUCUCUACAUGAGGUGUUGGUUCUUGUGAAGACUAAAAGGCCCCCUGAACUGUCCAUGGCACGUGUUCUUUCCCUAUUCCGGCCUCAACCUUUUAUGGUCCACGCGGGCAGGAGAAGAAAUAUGUUGUGCAAAAUGUCAAUGGACUCGCGGGCACGCAAAGUGUUUGCAGCCGCGGUCGAAGCCGUGCAGCCAGACACGGUGGUCCGGCAGAGUAUAGAGCGCAAAGAGGACUCGGUCGUCAUCGGUGGUCAGAAAUUCACACUUAAGCACAACCUGCACUUGGUCGGCUUUGGAAAAGCCGUGCUGGGUAUGGCUGCCGAGGCAGAGAGGAUUCUAGGGGAUCAUUUGGUCAAAGGCGUAAUAAGCGUGCCACAUGGGAUUCAGCAGACAUUACAGCAGCACGGAAAGAAUCAUCUCUUGUUGAAAGAAAACAGUCGCAUCAGGGUGAUGGAAGGAGCUAAACACAACUUGCCUGACAUUGACGCCCAGAAUGCAGCUGAAGGGAUCAAGCAGUUUGCCAGCGAACUUACGGAGAACGACCUGCUACUUGUACUGAUUUCAGGUGGAGGCUCAGCGCUCUUACCUGCCCCGAUCCCACCGAUCUCACUGCAAGAGAAACAGGAUGUUACCCGCAAACUCGCCGGAGCUGGUGCCACCAUUCAGGAGCUGAACACUGUGCGACGGGCCCUUUCUGUUUUAAAGGGCGGAGGGCUUGCGCAUUUUGCUCACCCGGCCCAGGUGGUUUCGCUGAUACUGUCGGAUGUAAUUGGCGACCCUCUGGACAUGAUAGCCAGCGGCCCCACCGUGUGGAGCGAGGUGUGGCCGGAAGAGGUGUGGUCAAUCCUCGAACAAUACAAGCUGUUGAGCUGCCUGCCAGCCUCGGUAAAGGAGGUUCUCGGGAGACCGACGCAGAGGUGGAGGGAGAACAAAGGUGAAUCAAAUACAUCGGGACGUGUUCUCAAUACGGUGAUUGGCUCCAACAGCGUGGCCCUGAAACAGGCGGGUCGGCGUGCUCGGGAGUUAGGCUUCCGCCCCAUCGUGCUGGCAGCGGGAGUGUGUGGCGAUGUGCGGGCGGUUUCCCGGCUGUACGGCCUCCUGGCCCGCUUCGCCUGUUCUCCGGAGGAACCUCCUCCAGAGAUUGCGGGCGAGCUGCUGAGGCUGGGGCCUGAAGUAGGCGUGGAGAGCUGGGACCUCUGCCGUACCAUGCAGGUCUUGGGCGAAGGGCGUACAGAAGGGUGGGGUUCCACGUGCCUGUUGGCCGGAGGCGAGCCCACCGUGGAGCUGACGGGCAAAGGUCGAGGAGGUCGAAACCAGGAGCUGGCUCUGCGAGUGGCACUGGAGCUGGGAGGCCUGGGGCUUCCGCCGAAUGGUCCGGUCUUCCUGAGCGGUGGAACUGAUGGUCAGGAUGGACCCACUGAGGCAGCGGGGGCCGUCACGGAUGGGGGGUUGCCGGAGGAGUCACAAGCACAGGGGCUGGACAUCGACAGCGUCCUUACCAACAAUGAUUCUUACACUUUUUUUACACGUCUUUCUGCUGGGCGGCGCUUACUUGUACCUGGCCUAACAUGCACCAAUGUGAUGGAUGUGCACAUGCUGCUUAUUCCACCAAUUCACGUCAAAAUAACAUAACUUUUAAAGGCAUAUGAAAUUAAAUGAAAUGAUCUUGGUCCAAAUAAAGUCACUGAUCACUCUG